CAACGCAAACAAGGAUCGAGCGAGCGACGGACGGACCAGCCGUUGAUGGUGACGAGUGCAGCGCCGGUGACAUGUCGGCGUCGACAACGGCGCCAGGCAGGCAGGUCGUGCUCAGGGGCGGCUCGCCCUGGGGCUUCCGCAUGCACGGCGGCGCCGACACCACGCAGCCCCUGCGCAUCUCGAGGGUGAAUCCGGGCAGCAAGGCGUUCGACGAGUCAGUUCGCGAGGGUGAGGUGAUAACGUCCAUCAACGGCCAGCCGACGAUCGGCCUGCCAAACUGCGAGGCGCACGCUUUGAUUAAAGCCGCCGGCGACACCCUCCAACUCACCCUCUCGCAGGACCCUUCGAAGCGGCGGCCGCACAAGCCAGCAGCCACUCCGCCGCAACCCGAACACAACACUGAGAAACAAACUUCAGAAACUGGAGAAAUAAAGGAAUCAAAAGAAUACGCUUCUGAAAUUAGUCUAGCCACACAAAAGACAACAAGUACGAACAAGACGAAAAGUCAGCCGCCCGCCAGUCACGAGUCACCGAAGAGCUCGUCGUCGUCUCACCGGGUGGGCGGCCGGCAGAAGCGGAGCCGGCGGCUGCGCGCGCGCAAGCUGGCCCUGCAGCUGGACAGUCUGCUGCACACGCCGGACGCCGGCCUGCUGCCCGAACCGGACUGGCAGCAAGUGGACGAGCAGAUCGCGCCCCUGCCGCCCGCCGUGCACGCCUACCCGCUCGUCUACGCCGAGGCCAUCGUCGCGUCCGACGCGGCGUCCGAGCAGCUCGUCCGACUCUUCCAGGUGCACGUGGCCACCAAGCAGGCCAAAAUGCAGGCCAAGCAACGCAUCAAGGCCGAGACUUUUCCGCCCAGUCUGCGCCGCCUCGACGUCAUCAGGGAGGACGAGGAGGCCGCACAAAGCAUUUAUGAGGACGUCGACAUCAGAGGGACCCAAGAAAGCCUUCUAUCGAGCGACGGGGAAAUGGUUGCGUCGGACGCGGACGAGGCCACCCUCGAGUUUGAAAAAAUCAUGAACCUGGAGGAGCAGAAUUACGAGGCGUACCACAGCAGCAGUUCGGACGUGGACGGCGACUUCGGACGCUGCCGCAGCGAAGACUACGAGCCGGUGCUUGUCCGCGAGGGACGGCUGCUCGUCCAGCAAAUCCGCGUCCAACAGUGUCCCGGCGAGGAAUUCGAGCAGAUCUGCGACGCCGAGGAGCUGCUCGACGGCAGGAACAUCGAGGCCGAGUUUGAAGAGGUCUGCAGGCAGAACUCUGAGCUAAUCGAGUCUCCAGAACCUGACAACAAAGAAAACAUUGAGCCUCGAACGAAGAAAAGUGAAGUAGUUCUGGAAAUCGCAAAGCUGAAUUUCCUGAAGACCCCUUUCGAAGACGAAAUCGUGACAAAAACAGAAAUCAUCACACUGGACAGUCCGCGUUCCUCGGGGAAGAUCCCGCGGGCGCUGGCGGCGCAGCUGGAGGAAAACCUGGAGAUGCUCGAGCGCGAAAUCGAGGCGGAGAACGAGCAGCUGCGCGACGUGGCCGCUCGCUCCGCCGAAAUCGUGGACAAGUUUUCCGCCAAACUGGACGAAAUGAACGAGCUUAUCAAUGUGUCCGGGUCGCCCGUGAUAAUGGAGCAGAUAAACGAAUUCGCCGAGCAGCUGAUCGCCGCCGAGGACAAAUCGCUGUUUGAGACUAAUAAAGAUAAGCUAGUCAGCUUCAUCCGCGAGGCGAGCGGCAUGGAGGCUGUGCACCGGCCCGCAAAGGUGCAGGACGAGUCCAAUUUGCUCAGGUUCCUCGAGCAGGAGCCCCGCACCGGCGACCAGGAGGAGCAGACCCUGACGUCCCUCGAGGAGGUCACCCGCAGGCUGGCCCAAGUUUUACAAAACUCGCUGCAAAACUCACCUUCGCCGCCGCCGCCAGCGGAAGCGAAUUUCGACUCAUCCGAUAACGAAGCAGGCAAAAGCGGCUUAUCGAGAACGCCCGUAUCGCUGCAGGCCAGAUCGCGCUCUGCCUCCUUCGACUCGAACGCUUCCCAGGGUACGACGAUCUACGUUGGUUCGCCGUGUUCCUCGGCGUGCAGCAGCGGGUGGACGGCGGGGGGCGGGGUCGUGCCGAGUCUGCGGACGCUGUGCGUGUCGGCGGUGGGCCGUUUGGCGCGCGGGCGCGAGCUGAUGCUGGCUUGGGGCCUGGCCAGCGCGGCCGACUUAAAAAUAAGCCGGCCGAAUUUAGCCCGGCGGCCGGUGCCGCCGCCACCGGCGCCGCGCUGGUUCCCCACGGGCCUCGGGGCCAUCGCGGUCGGCCUGUCGCCGGCGCAGCAGCGCGCCGAGCCGCAGUUGACGCGCGAACGGGCCGCCCUGCUGCUCGACCUGCACUGCAAGUUCGCCCAGCGCCGCGCCUACCACGAGCAGCGCCCCCUGCCCGCCGCCCCCGCACCUUCCGCGGACGCCAUGGGCGUCGACGAGGCGUCGCCCGACGCCGAAAAGAUGCUGCAGGACUGGCUGCAGGACGAGCUCUCCAUCGACGAGAGCCACACGCAGUCCGUCAUGACCACCGCGCGCAAGUUCGAAGUCGACAGGUACCACAUCUCGAAGCAGCGCGACAUCGCCGUGGAGAUCCAGGGGCAGCGGCAGUUCCGGAUGCUGCGGCAGCAGAUGGAACAGCUGGAGGAGGAACGGCGCCAGCAAGAGCAGCUUCUUGACGACGAGCAGCAACAGAUGGCUCCGCCGGUCGGCGCCGACUCGCCAAUCGCCGAGCAAGACCCACUCCAGCGGCUCGCGCAACUCGAGUCGGACGCCACCGCCGCACCGACGAGCAUGGCCGCGCAGGAGCAGGCGGCCGACGGCCACGGCCCCGGCAACAAUAAUAACGCAACAAGCACACCAGCAGGCAAAAUGCCGAGCACAGUGCCUUCGCCCAGUUUUAAAGCCAAGGCGCCGAGCCCAGGAGUGUGGUCGCCCAAGACGAGCAGAGCCCACCCUCCGCCGUCGCUGCCGUCGCCGACCUCGUCCAACAACGAUGAGCCUCCGCCGCCCCCCGUCUGGACCCCCAAGGCGUCCCCCACCCUAGAGCGCAAGGAGUUCAGGCCGGUCAGGUUCGAGGCCUCGACGCCACCUCCCAGACCCCCACCCUGCACACAGGAGGUGCCGCCGCCUUUUGACCCAGUGGCGACAGCGACCAUCUCCAACUUUCUGGACCGCAAGCUGACUCUGGACAUCCCGAAGCUGCCAAGGGCGCAGAACCCGACCGUAACGCUACUGCAGAGAGCCAGAGAGGGCCAACUGCCCAAGGGCGCGACUUACUUGGAACGCACCACCAUGAGCGCCUCCGACCAAACCCAACAACAAAAAGAAACCCAAGCGCAGCAGGAGUCCGCCUCCAACUUCAACCCUAAUGACAUUCUUUAUACAGUGAAAAGAGAGGAGGAAAAAGAGGCAAACAAAAAGGUGGUUCAGCUGGCUCCGAUAGUGUACGACGGCAUUGGACCAACGACCAAAGAUGGCAUCCCCAUUGUAAUGAGAUCAAACAUCAAAGAAGAAAAUUACGGCAAGUGGUAUAAACGGAUGUACGAUUCUUUGCACAAAGCGGGUAAAGAUGAUGACAGUAUUACAAUUCGAUACAGGCCAAGUAGCAAUAGCCGUCGAGGACACGGCGGAUACGCGUCCGAACCUGAGCCCUCGGGCGAAUACGACUCGGAUGUUGCGGGCGGAAUUUCGUCCAAAUACGCCACGCUGGACCGACGGCGCAUCAAGAACAAAGAGGCCGACUUCACUUCCACCACGAUGCCCCGUUCAAGGGGCAUGGCGCCGUCGAUAAAGUACGCGUGCGAGGUGUACAAAAACCAGCCGGGCCGCAUCGAAGACUACGAGCCGGGCAGGUCGAGCAUCUCGGAAAAAGAGGCCAAGCUUUGGUGGGAUGAGGUUAUGGACAUCUUUGACGGGCAAUCUGGCAUGCAAGCCUCGGCACAGAGUAAAAAGUUGCACGCCUCUUCCUUCAGUGAUUUGCAAGAACUGGAAAUGAUUACCGUCAGGCACGCUGCUGAGAGCCAGUCAACAGCAAAGAAGCAGCACAUGGCAAACGCCUUGAAGGACGUGUCUGCCAGCGAUACGCAGCUUGUGUUCAAGAAGCGCACCGAAAGCGAAGCCCUGAGUCCGGUGGAGCAGAAGCAGGUCUACAAGACCAUCCAGUCAGGCGGUGAAGUUCCUCUCAGCGGCUUGCGAAAGCUCGCGCCAGAAAAGCCCAAAGACGGCAUCGAAUACUUCCCGGUGUCGCCGACGCUGACGCGCAUCCGCGUGCACAAGCCGUCCUUCUGCUCGUUCAAGCGGACGGCGCGGCUGGCGGCGCCGAUGCCGCCGCUGCGCCGCUCGUCGCGGCACAAUCCGAGCCUAAGAUUGUGGUCGACCCUUCCGGCGCCGCCGACCAGAAUCGGGCUGCUGCGGGAGCGGCUGCUGGCGGCCAAGCCGAGCCGCAUUCCGAUCGGAACGACCACGCGUUCCACCACCGUUCUGCUCGGCCGGCGCGAGCCCGUGCGGCUGUCGGUGACGGUGUCGCCGCGGGGCCGCCAGCUGCUCAACACGAACGAGACGGCGCCGGUGCGGCGAGUGUCGGCGUCGGCCGCCCGACACGCCGACUGCGUCGCCAAGAAGAAGGUGGCGCUGAAGGCGGCGCCGGCGCCCAGCAGCCUGGCCAAGCCCAAGAGCAAGGAGGAGCCGCCGAAAAAACCGGCGCCGCGCCGCAAAAUGGGCGUCGCCUCCAAGAAGCAGCAGUCCUUCAAGCCCAAUAAGGAGGAGGCCCGCGUCCUCGAGAAGGCCAGGAAAUUCUCGCAUUUGUCCCGGACGGCGCGUCCGAGCGCCGAGUCGAGCGCGCAAAUCUUCCUGACGCAGCGCCGCGCGGUGUCGCAGUCGCCGUUCCGCGUGUACGACGCCCUGUUCCACUGCUCGGCGCCGUGUCUGGCGCCGCGCCAGCAGCGCUCCCGCAGCGCGCCGCCCGCGGUGCUCGAGCCGGGAAACCGGCGACCCCUGACCCCGCUGACCCCGCAGGCCCGCGCCGACUACGUCGAGUACCUGCUGGAGCUGCGCCACAAACUGCCGCCAGGGCGGCGCUUCAAGGAACUCGCCCAUCUGUUCUCCAGCCUCGAGAGGAUCGCCAAUUUGCAGAAACUGACCGCGUCGUGCAGCGACGUGCGCAAGGCCGUCGCCAAGCAGCCGAAACUGGCGAAUUUCGAGCGCUGGUGGUGCGAACGCACCCUCUACAAGGCCGACAAGGAGUUGAAGCUUUUGUACGACGACCUGCGCCAGGCGCAGCGCGACAGCGUCUUCGCCGGAAGGGUGCCUGGGGCGCUGCCCACUUGGCGCCCUGACAGCGGACUCAGGUGCAAGGAGGCGUCGGUGGAGGACCUGCGGAACAAAUACCUGUCGAUCGCGUCUGCGGAGGGCACGACGGCGCUGCAGCUGGCCAAACUGGACGAGUUGCAGACGCAAAAGGACAACUACAAACCCUUGUGGCGGGCCAGCUCGGUGCAGAACCUGGCCGAGCAGAUGUCCAGCGGCGAGAAACGGCGUUCGCGCAGCGUGGGCGGCGUGCGCGCGUCCAGCCUCACCGGACAGCAGGUGGCCACGCUGAAGAGCAGGCUGAGCGACAUCCUCAAGACGCCGCCGCCGACGACAAAGUUCGAGGUGUGCGUCGGCGCCGACGACAAGGCCAAGCAGCAGAAGCAGAGUAGUCUGCACGUGCGGCGCAACUCGCUGGUGUCGCGAGAGCAGUUGUACUCGCCGGCGGCGCGCAGGAGGGAGGCCAAGCGCUCCGCCAGCAUGAAGGCCGACUCGGUGGCCGCGCUGCCCUCCGCCACAGUCACAGCCGCGGCCACAGUUGGCCUCUCCGAGAGCGACAAGCGCCGCAUCUCGCUCAGCCUCAGCCAGGAGAUCCUCGCCAGGGUGGGAAAGAAGAAGAUGAAGAAGGACCAAGCCAAAAGCACGGCCGAGCCGUCGAGGGAGAAGCCGAGCGGCAAGAAGGCGGGCGUGCCGCCGCCUCCGCCGCCCCCUGAGCAGUCGCCGGCGGUGUCGCCGCGCACCUGCUACUCGCUGGACGGCAGCGCCAAGAAGGAGGACGACGAGCAGUUCGUGCUGGUGCUCGCGCCGGCCGGCGACGCCGCCGCCGCCGCCAACAAAGCCGUCGAGCAGUGGGCCGGCGCGGGUGGAGCGGGCGGCCGCGCCAGCACCACCUCGUCCGACGCCUCCAACCGGACGGUCGUCUCUCGCUCCUGCACCGACCUCAAGGAUUUCUUCGGCGAACGGGCCGCGACACCGACGUCGAUGGUGCGGGCGCGCAGCACGUCGCCGGUGGUGCGCAGCCUGACGGAGCGGUUCGAGCGGCGCCGCACGCCGUCGCCGAUCGCGCCGCGGAAGUUCAAGGACCGCUUCGUCUCCAGGGUGAACGUGAUCAGCAAAACCGCGUCCCUCCAGAAGCACAAGGCCGGCGCCGCCCCCGGCGCCGCCCAGCAGCAGCAGCGGCGCUCACGCAGCGGCGACGUCUUCAAGCUGUGCCAGCACUUCGAGAAUGCGUCGCUGCUCGGCCAGAUGUUCACGUCGACGCCGGACGUGCGCGAACUCAACUCGGUGGCGCCGCUCUACUUCAGCAAGCCGUGCCUCAAGACCGGCGCCGAUUCCUCCGGCAGCAAGUACAACCCGGAAUUGCACAGACCCAAGUUCACGUACAGACCCGUCGACGACCCGCCCAAGCAGCAGCAACAACAACAACAACAGCAAAGGCCGUCCUCCAGGAACGUCACCUUUAGAGAGCCAGACGCGCUUCAGUCGUUCUUUGAAGAGUUCGAGAGGGACAAAGAGUCUCCACACAAAUUCGUCGAGUGCGGCGACGUGACCAUCCACUACCGCAGUCCGGUGCGCGGGUUGGCGCGCGACGCGCCCUUGUCCGAGGAGGAGUUGGCCAGAAGGCAGGAGGAGGCGAUGAGACGCAUCUACCAGGAGGAGAGGAGGAGGAAAUACCUCCAAGAGCUGCACGACAUCGAGAGCAGAAGACACACCGACAACUUUACGCCGUCACAGAAAUCUCCGAUCCCUUUGAAUCGCUACGACAACUUCUUUGAGGACAUUCCGAGCAGAAGGGACCGGACGCCGGAGCCAAAGAUGGUCGCGAGGGCCCUGUACAACUUCGUGGGGCAGUCAUCCAGGGAGCUCACGUUCAGGCGCGGCGACAUAAUCUUGGUGCGGCGGCAGAUCGACCGGAACUGGUACGAGGGCGAGCACAACGCCAGCGUCGGCCUGUUCCCCUUCAACUACGUCGAGAUUAUACCGUACGACGGCGUUCGCACCAUGCCGAAGGGGCCCUCCGAGGGCAAAGCCAGAGCCAAGUUCAACUUUGUUGCCCAGAGCUCCUUGGAAUUGUCUCUAGUCAAAGGUGAGAUGGUCGUGCUCACGAGAAGAGUCGACGACAAUUGGUACGAGGGCAGAAUUGGCGUGAGAAGAGGAAUCUUCCCCUGCACCUACGUCGAAGUGAUCAACGAGCCAGGGGAAAGAUUAGAUGCACAAAAACCAAAGUUGACUGCAGCCUACAUGAACGGUUCCGCACCUCUCACUGGCCAGUCCUACUCCAGCAGCAAGUACUUGCCAUAUAUGAGCCAAACUUUACACAUCGACACCCGCUCCGAUCCGAUACCGUACCGAUCGCUGUACAACUACAAGCCGCAGAACGAAGACGAGCUGGAGCUGCGCGAGGGCGACACUGUGUUCGUGAUGGAAAAGUGCGACGACGGGUGGUACGUGGGCACGAGCAACCGCACCGGCCACUUCGGCACCUUCCCUGGCAACUACGUCGAGCGAAUCUGAUGAGCAGAAGAGCAGUAGAAACCACUUACACACACACACACACACACACAUGUACACACUCGAUGCAUUUCACCAAUCAAACAAACCGACGACGAUUUUAGUCACUUUCUAUCUCUGUCUCUGCAUGCUACGAAUAAUUCUCUCGAUCGUCUCCUACUUAAAACCAAAAAAUUAAUUUAUACAUAUAUCGAUACAAAAAAUAUAUAUCUGUAUAUUUGUUACUCAUCCACAUCCCGCGUGUCUCUUUGCGAGGCAUCUCUCCACACAUGAUUAAUGAAUGAAUUAAUAAUUACAUACCUCUCUCUCUCUCUCUCUGCCACGUUAGUUACCAUCACGACGACAAUAAAUCAUUACGAGAAGAAUGAAGCGACUGAACUACACAAGAUAUUAAAUAGUGAGUGAAGCGAAUUGUAACUUUUCCUUGCUACUUAUACACACACACACACACACACACUUCUAGCCGAGCCAAAGGUAUCAAUACACAUAUUUGUAUACACAUUAAAUGAGUUUGAACUACCGCAAAGUGAAAGAAGAAAUGAAUAAAAAAAAAAAUUGGACUAUUGUUGCGCACACACAGAAAUUAAUCUUUUGUUGUUGAAUUGUUAAUCGCAAAUCGCAGCACUCGCACCCCCCAAAUUAUAGGAGUAACAGCGAAAAUCGAGUUAAUAAACACUUAUUUAAUGUUAAAAAAUAUUAUAUUUUGAGAUAAAUACAAAACGAUGAGAUCGAGACGUGCGGCUUAAAAAUGAUAUUUCGUGGUAUCCUUAUUGGAAUGUGCCUUUUGCUGUUAAAUUAUCCGCCAUUGGAGAAGAUGUAAUGUUGGUAAUUCAAUAAAAUGCAUUAAUUUAACACUCCUCCGUU